AUGAAGGUGGUGGAGUUCAGGAGAUGGGCGUUGCACAUUCAAAAUCACGCGGCCAAGCUACAUGAUCAAGAUGAUGGUCUUGAUCCAAGGUCCACUGCCAUUUUAUUUUCCAAUUCCAUCUGCAUCGGUGAGAAGACUAUCAACAACGAAGACUGCUUUGCACUGAAGCUUGAAGCUGAGUCCUCAACACUGAGAGCAAGAAGCAGCAGCAAUGCUGAGAUACUGAGACACACUGUUUGGGGCUACUUCAGUCAAAGAACAGGCCUCUUGGUGAAACUUGAAGACACUCACCUCAUUAAUAUCAAAGUCCCUGGAAAUAACAGUGUCUUCUGGGAGACGACCAUGGAGUCAUUAAUACAGGAUUAUCGGAUCCUCGAUGGCAUUAACAUCGCACAUGCUGGUAGUACGUCUGUUUCAUUAGUGAGGUCUGGUGAGAAUUCAGAAAGCCAUUCCAGUACGCAAAUGGAAGAGGAUUGGACGAUUGAAGAAGUGGACUUUAACAUCAAGGGACUGUCGAUGGAUUGUUUCUUGCCUCCUGGGGACUUGAAGAAAGAGGAAGAGGGAUGUGGUGCUGUGAACAGCAAUGUUACAACGAGCAAUGCCCGACUACCAUUCAAGGUUAGAGCCACUUCGUCGAGGCUUGGUGUUGCAAAGGUUGUGGCUGUUGAAGAAGAUGAUUUGGAGGACAUUGAAGGGGCAAAAGAAUUGCGGGUACAGCGGGUGGAACCUUUAGUCAGCCUGCGGGCUGGAGUCAGCAGCGUGGCUCAUGCCUUGGCUACUCGGGCUUUGUGGUGGGAUGGCCAGUUUUCAGGUGAGGCCUUGCGUUGGGCUUAUUUUACAGGAUGA